UUCUAUCUUCUUAUCUCUUUCUCUCUCCUAAUGCACAAAAACUAGUUUUGUGGUUCUUAAUUAUCAAAAUCGUCUAAUGGAGAAAGAAGCAAUAUUGGAAACUUGGUCAUCCGAUGGCUUUGAAGAAGAAGAGCUUGUGAGAGAGCUCUUAGAUGACGUGUCACCUUUCUUUUUGAUGCAACAGGAUUCAUCAACAGAACACAAGAUCACGAGUUAUAGUGCUACUACUCGAAAUGAAGAAGGUGGUAAUAACAAUAGUAUAAAUAUUGGUGAUAUUUACAGGCUUAACCCCAACGUUUAUUCAGGGCCAACAAUUGAAGAUAUUGAAAGUGCCUUGUCGUUUACGUCAAGAAAAAUCCAACCCCAAGAGAUUUCACCUCCUAGGAUUUCUAUAUUGGAGAGGGGACUAAGUAAGAUUGAUAAUAAGUAUACACUGAAGAUAAAGAGCUGUGGAAAUGGGAUGGCCGAUGAUGGAUAUAAAUGGAGGAAGUAUGGCCAGAAGUCCAUCAAGAAUAGCCCAAAUCCUAGGAGCUACUACAGGUGCACAAACCCAAGGUGCAGUGCAAAGAAGCAAGUGGAGAGGUCCAGCGAUGACCCAGACACACUCAUCAUUACGUAUGAAGGGCUCCACCUACACUUCACUUACCCAUUUUUCAUUUUGGGCCAGACCCAAGAUGCUAAUCUACCAAUCAAAAAGCCCAAGAAGAACAUCACGGAAUCCGAAGCCCAACAAACACAAGAAACCCAAGAAAGCCCACAAAUGGUUGAUCCAACGGGCCAGGACUCAAGCAGUGAUUUCAUGGGCUACGGUCUUGAGGAGCAGGCCCAAGAAGAAAGAGGCCCACAAGGGCUACUUCAAGACGUAGUACCAUUGAUGAUUCUGAAUCCUUCAAGCAAUACGUCGUCGCAUUCCUCUUGUUCGUCUUAUCGCUCACCUCCAAGUCCAAACUCACCUUCUUCACUUUCCUGGCCUCCAAAUCAUUACACUCCGUACUAUGAUAUUGGUAUAAAUUCUAGCAUUGGGUGAUUUCUUAUAUUAAUGGGUUGAAAACCCAAUAAUCCUUAGCUAGUGGUUUGUUUUCUAUAUAUAUAGAUAAAUGUAAACUAUACAAUAUUUUAUAUGUGUAAUAAUGCUAAGUAAUUUUCC